UGGACUGCGUUCAGUACCAUAAUAAAGCGGCAGUUUAAGAAGGUACUGUCCAAAAUUAUACUAUUUCAAGAACACCGCACCCAGAAUGUGGGAUAUAGGACGCAGAGAGAGCGCAGUGAUCCACACUCACUUGGUGUUUACUGUUUGUAUUGUGUUCAUGUGGCGGUGUGGUUGGCGAAGCACAGAGAACCUGUUGUUGUGAUUGGAUCGGAGCCGUUUGGGAUUCAGCUUGGAUUUGAUGCUACUUUAAAACAAAUCUGACGAAACCACGGACAUUUGAAUCGUUAAGUUACAUUCUUUAAACGGAUUCUAAGAAGGCCGAGAAAAAUGUCCACCAUAAGAUACGGUACCAGCCUCGGUCCUGCAGCAGUUACCUCUGUAGGAGAGUCUCUGCGAAAUGGGGACGAAGACACAGUGAAGCCAGAUGAUCCCAGUGAUCCCAACAAGUUGCUGCAGUGCCCUUAUGACAAGAAUCACCAGAUUCGCGCCUGCCGCUUCCCUUAUCAUCUUCUCAAGUGCAGAAAGAAUCAUCCCAAAUUAGCGAGUGAACUGAAGACAUGUCCCUUCAAUGCAAAACACCUGAUGCCCAAACAUGAGCUGUCCCAUCAUAUUGAAAACUGUGAGGAUAGACGCUUGAUCACUAUUGAGGAUGAGGCCAACAUGGAGAUACAGAGGAAAUUUCAAGUCCCAGUCAGUACCUGGACAAACCCUGUGACUGAGGAGGACUGGGAUAAAGAGGCUGAUGACCACGCUGCUACUUUUGUGUGGGGAGUGUCAACUAAUCAGCUCGUCCAAAAUAAGCCUGAGCCAAGAACCACUAACAAUUUGACCCCAGGGCUCCGUGCACCUCGAACGCUCCCGUGGAAACUCUGUGAGUUCUGAGAUCAGCUUUAACCUUAUUAAUAAAAAUCGUUAGGAUGUACAGGGGCUUGUAUCAACUUUAAGCUGAAGUCAGGCGUACGCUAAACGAUUGUUGGUCCAAUUUUACCACGAUUCCCCCUUGAUCAGAAUCAAUUGAGCACAUAGAUAAUCUAGUAGUGUGAGAGGGAAAACUAGAUAAUCGAGUAUUUUCAAACCUUAUGACUCAAAACGUUCAGGAAUCCUGUAGUGUGAGAUGAUUAUUACCUAACAGAACAGGUGAUUCUGGCAACAGAACAAAUCAGAACAUUUGUUUUGGACAUAGCAGGUUUGGAAUGCAGGCUUACAAAUACCAGCACUGACAUUAGGAGCAGCUAGUCUGUAACUGUACA